GUCUCGUCACCAGCGGACGUCGAAGGUGGGCUUGUGUAGCAGAUGCAGGACGUGUGCGUGUGAGAGUACAAGAUUGUUCCCCCCUCCCCCCGAAUAUCAAAACUACACGCAGAAACAAGCUCUAAUGGGGGAUUUCAAGUUUAGUGUCAAUUCUAGCGUUGGAUCCGUUUCUUCAGUGGAAUUUGCAGCAAGUUCAACUACUAGCUCAUCGUUGUUUUUUACCACACCUACGUCUGUGCCGGAUACCAUUUCAUCACAUCAACAUUCAGCAAUGCAAGAUGAACUUCUGAUCGAGAAAUCAGCUGUAAAAUCACAACAGCAGCUGUCUCCAAAUUCCGACGUAAAUGGAGAGCAAACAGUGAAAGCCAAAGAAGAUGACAGUUCAUCAGCAAAUAUUGGAAGUGGAAUACAGACUGAAAAACCAAAUGAACAGGGGCAGAUUGGUCCUGCAGUGACAAGUCCCCUCCAGUUAGGAACUGGAUUUAAUGUAUCAGAGCCUAGUCUUAAUGUGAUUAAUUCUAGUAACACUUCCACAGCUAGCCUGUGGUCGUCAGGGCCAAUGGAAGAAGGUCUGUUGCACAGUUUAAAUGUACCUGCUGUAAAUGGAACUCUAGCUUUUCAAAAUUUUCCUCCAACUAACCCAAAUCCUUUAUAUAAUACUAAUUUAGGCCCCCAAAUUGCUGGAUUACCCCAGUCCCAAGGGCAACCGCCUCAACGACGUGCAAUUACGGCUACCCACAAUUUUCCACACAAUCUAUCUCGUCACAUUCAGCAGCAAAAUCCACAGAAUAUGUUUAUGCCCAACAAGGGCUACACAUCAUGGUCUAAUACACAGCAGAACACAUGGUCACCAGGUCCACAGAAUCAAGCCAACAUACAAGGUUUAUCGCCAUGGAAUAGAGGAAGGUCUGUGCCAAACCUGAAUCCGCUUCAAACGAUGGGAAACAUGGGGAAUCUAGGUAAUCGUAAACCUAGCCCAACAUUCAGUCAUCAACACUCAGCAAUGGUUAUUUCACCAAUCAAGUUCCGCCGUAGUACCUCGUAUCCAGGAAAAGGGCUGUUCCCUCAGCCACCAACAUUUGAAAUCACCAACAUGGAUGAAAAUCGAGAUGUGUUGCUCCCGUACCCGCAGGAGAGGACAGUGGGGAACGCCAACGGCACAAGUCCUCUGGAUAACAUGAGGAGUCUGGAACACUACCUGAAUGACCUGAUGCGUGGGGCAGGUGACACGCCGGACCACCUCAAAGGAUUCAUCAACUGCAACGCGAAUGCCCUCCAGUCGCUGGCCCAGCUGCACGGCAAGUCACCAUUCUUCCCUGGGCUCGAGGAACAAGCAGCUUUACUAGAGGAUCCAGCUUCACACCUUGUAGAUGGCCAAGUGCUGCCUCAGCCUGCACCGCCCCUCAGCUCUCCUUCACGCUCCUCCCCACAUAGUCAGGGAUCAGAGACAGGAGAACGCUAUUCCAGGAAGGUCUUUGUUGGCGGGCUGCCCCCUGAUAUUGAUGAAGAUGAAAUCACAGCUAGUUUUCGGCGCUUUGGUCCUUUAGUGGUGGAUUGGCCUCACAAGGCUGAAAGCAAAUCCUAUUUCCCCCCAAAAGGAUAUGCCUUCCUGUUGUUUCAGGAUGAGAGCUCUGUGCAGCAGCUGAUUGAUGCCUGCAUACAGGAUGAUGACAAGCUGUACCUGUGUGUCUCCUCACCGACAAUAAAAGAUAAACCUGUUCAGAUCCGACCUUGGCGACUCUCAGAUGCUGACUUUGUGCUGGAUGCUUCCAUGCCACUGGACCCACGCAAGACAGUAUUUGUAGGUGGAGUACCACGCCCUCUCAAAGCAGUGGAGUUGGCGAUGAUAAUGGACCGUUUGUAUGGUGGUGUGUGCUAUGCCGGUAUUGACACUGACCCUGAGCUGAAGUACCCAAAAGGAGCUGGUCGAGUGGCAUUCAGCAAUCAGCAGAGCUACAUUGCAGCCAUCAGUGCUCGUUUUGUGCAGCUUCAGCAUGGUGAUAUCGACAAAAGGGUGGAGGUUAAGCCAUAUGUGCUGGAUGAUCAGAUGUGUGAUGAGUGCCAGGGUCAACGCUGUGGCGGCAAAUUUGCUCCCUUUUUCUGUGCAAAUGUGACAUGCCUUCAGUACUAUUGUGAACACUGCUGGGCUACCAUUCAUUCCCGGCCUGGACGAGAGUUCCAUAAGCCACUGGUGAAGGAAGGGGCAGAUCGCCCACGAGCUGUGCCAUUCCGCUGGUGUUAACGUUGGAGCGCUUUAGCUCAGUAACGAUCGAACAGCCCUGGAGACAGUAUUCAGACAGCCUGGGAAGAUGGGUGGUUAGGCACUGACAUCCAUCACUUCACUGCAUUGACGCAGCAGUAAGUCAUCACGGGGCGUUCGACUAACUUGGCAACUAGGAAAUUUGAUGGCAAGUGCAUCGUUUCAUCGCCUCAAAACCACCAUCAUCAUAACAACUGUAGGCCAGCUGUUUUCAUCGCUGUUUAUAUAUAUAUAGAAUACAAUUAUAUAGUAAUAUAUAUAUAUAUAUAUCUAUACAUAUAUGGUCUGUAACCACACAUUCUUAAAAUAUCUUUUUUAAAGAAUGACUCCUUCAAAAUGUAGUGCAUUUGAGCAGAUUAUCUGUUAGAUAACUUACUCUUUUUAAUUACUCACUGGUUCGCAUGAGGCAAACUAAAAUCCCUGUUGCGGCCACCGAUGAUGGUAUCAUAGAUACGUAGCAGGUGUAACAGUGUGAUUUCUUAGCAUCUCUGCCAAUACUUUAUGAGAAUUUUUGUGAAUUUUCAGGGUAUUUGUAAAUAUGCAUUCAUAGUUCAAUCUACUUUUGUAGCAAGCGUACAGAGCUCAUAAUAAGGCAUGUAAUGAACUAGCUUGCCGAUUUCCCCAGUGUCCUCCGUACUUUCCCUUGACCUUGUAAUUUUCGUACCUUCUCGGUGUAAAUAGUCGUUGUAAAAAAAUACCGAUAGUUAUUCAGUACAUUAAUUUGUUUCAUAAUGAGAAGCGUAUCUUCCAUAUUUAUUUUUUGGGUCUCAUUUUUGUACAUAAUGAAUUUUUGCCACUGACAGAUAUCUGCCAUCACCACUAAUGGUGAGUUUGUUGCUAGGCUGCAGCCUUCAACACAGUUUUGAUACAUUUCCUAACUAACUUACACGUUGAUUACAAUGUUUGUACUCUCUUAAUGAAAAGGAUUGGCAGAGAAUCUAAACAAAGGAAAAAACUUGACUUUUGUAGCUUUGUUGUGCACAUGCAUUUUAUAAAAAGUACAUAUGUCAUGAAUCAAUCUGUAUGUUUGUCUCAGCUUUUUUGUCAUCCUUUGAGAAUGCUGACUCAUUACCCACCCAUAUUUUAAAAUUUUUCUAUCGAUCAAGUGACGGUGACGCUUAAUUAAAAAAAACAGAAUCUGCCUUGCAGUAAAAUGAUGUAUUUUGACCUUUCUGACAGAAUUCAAUCCGUACUGAGCACUAUGUAGCCAUUUGUCUCUUGGCUCAUUUUUAUCGUGAGAAUAUAAAAUAGUCCAUAUUUUAGAUGUCAUCCCAUAGCUGUCACUCAGGCUGUUCCUUCACAAUCUAACGUAGACAGUGUACCGUGUGCAUAUUGUAACUUAACAUAAUGUAUCGUAGGUUUACUCAUGCCACUUGUACCUUCUUUACAAAGACUGGUAUAGUGCACUUGAGGACCUACUUUGUAUCAUCAGUAACACUUUUUAUUCUGGCGUAGAUAUGAAGUGUACACCCAUGUAUGUUUGCUCAUGAUUUGCUAUUUCUGACAGAUGUGAUAUGUCAUUUAUACGUGAUGAUCUAGAUAGAUGUCAUGACUUGUGUCAGGCAUGGGGUCAGCAUUUUAUUCACUUGACCAGAACCUUAGUGUUUCCAGUGUGCAUGAUGUCUUACCUCAGCUGGCCAUGUUAGCCAUGUCAGUCACAACAUGUCUGUUGACUCAGCCGAGCUAAAUGUCAAGUACAUGCCCUCGCCCUCCUGCUAAAGUGGUGAAGCAAGGAGGGAGGGCAGGACUUUCCCAAUAUUUUACUUUGCCCUCCAUUUUAUUGUGUCAUUCAAUCUGUGCGUGCUUGUUUUAUGCAGGAGGUGUUAGGUGUUAAGGGCAUGUUCCACAUAACGCCCGCCUUCUUGUAAUCUGUGUGAUAAGAAGUGUAGAUACUUUGCACGACUGUAGUCUUUUUCAAUAGAUUUGUAUUUUUGAGUGUUAAAGUUUUUUAUACAGCUGUUGUUAUCUUAGUUAAGGGCAUGAUGUAAACAUUUGUGAAGAGAAACUCAGAGAGGCCCGGCAGGUAUAGAUUUGACCCUUUAGUUUUCUACUUUUCUUCCCUGUUUAAAAUUUGCGGUUCCUUGACCAGGUGGAUGAGACAAGGCUGGGGCUGGCCAGUGUUAGGGCAAAGCCUCCACAGAAGACUGGCUGGCCAGCCAUCCAAGGUCAAACCUUGUAGCUCCCACCCACUCUGGAUGGUAUCGUGAUUGUGCUGUGCAUGCACAGUCCAAAUGGAUUUGAGCGGAUGGUAGCACCUGGUAGACAUUCUCACUUCGCUCGUGAUCUCCCCAUACCAAAGAAAAUGUGAAGCAUGAAUGUAAAGAUGCUACUUGGUCUGAAGUGCCCGGUCUACUUUUCUAGGGCAAGUCAGAUUUCUAAACAGAUUUUUCAUUUUUUAAUUUUACAUAGAUACAUAAAAAAUAUAAAUAUAAAUUACAAUGUUUUCUAUAGUUGUUGUCUAUUAUAGUGCAAAACGGUGAAAAUCGCAAGCUGUUAAUAAUCUAUUAUAGUCAUGUACCAAGGUUUGGUGCACCUGUUUCAACACAGCCUUGGGUUUACAGUUGUCAUUCAAAAUGCCCUUUUUUCACCUGUCCAGAUGAGGUUUCCAACUUGAAAUCCGACAUUUGAUUCUGUAUAAAUUUGAUUGGUAGCACUUGUGCACAUAGGGUUUUCCUGGGUAGUUCUCUAGUCAUUGGGAUAGUAGUGGGGCUUCGGUCUUGGUGUAGAAACAUUCUGGUUCCUACCUUGGGGAAAUAGGUAACUGUCACUGACAUAACCAACUACCAUUUUGGUACAAAUAAUUAUUCAUUUUAUAUCACAUUGUUUGUAAAACAAAUAUAGUAACUUUAUCCCAUUUUGUACUGUUUAUAAUGCUUUGAAUUCCAAGAGAUCACCCUGAAUUCACAUAGAGACUUCUUAACUAUGUCUCUUGGAGCUCCAUUAGCUGUUGUAAAAUUUGUUGUAGGUGUCAGGGAAGAAGCAAUUAAUUUUUAUCAUUUGGUGCCAUCAGUUGGGGGUUUAGGAAGGUGUACAGAGUUUUAGUUUUUUAAACAAAGUUAGUUCCAGCAAGCAAUAGAACUCUUGCUUAUAGUUUUAGAUUUUUCAAUAUGACGUUUUUCAUACUGAUUUUAAAUGUUAAAUAGUUAAACGUUUUUAAAUAUUUAUUCAAUUCUAAUGAUUGAAUAUGUUUUGUGGUAUUUUAACAGUUUUGUACUUUCCUUAACUAGUUAUGUUGCACUUUGUUUUAAUGAGUUUUAUGUUUUAGUGUUCUGUGUUUGAUGUGCAUUAAGCCUCAUGAUAUGCAUGGCAAGAUGUGAUCCUAAGAGUUAAUUUGUAGUUGCAACCAACCUAAUGAUUGCUGCUUAGCAGCUGGCAACUCCUCGGUGCUUAGCGGCAACUUGCUGGGCUUUCCAAAUUGUAUUGCAACGUGAGGCAGAGGGUGGGGAAGUAAGAAAACAGUGGUUGACUUCAAGUUUGAUACUUGCAGUACACAUCAGCAUCUCCUACUUCAUCAGGGACUAUCUUUGACACAGCAUAGAGUAGGCUGGAGACCUCUAUGGAAUGUUGAGUUCAGUCACCCACCUUCUAAAGGAGGGAAAUGGUCAGAUGAUAGGCUGGCCUAAUAUACUGUAUCUUUUCUACAAAUAGAAUACCACGAUUUAAAUAUAAAAAAUGAAGUUGAUGUUAUGUGAUAGUUGUAUUUAAUACAAAAUCUACACGUGAUUAUUUUGUAGCCUUGGGUAACUUAUUUAACACUUAGCACUAUAUUUAACUUUUUUAAUAAGACUUCGUGAAAUUGUAUAAAAUAUUCCAGUGUGAUGAUUCCAUGUAUUCUAAUGUAAUCAGUCGAUAACUUUCAUAGUUUUGCCUCAGCAGCACAAACACCAAAAGAACAGAUUUCUGCAUGCCGUGAGAUGCCAUGAAAUUAAACAUUACAGGCAUUCAUGUGGGCAUCCUCAGAGGUAAAGAAGUUUUAGUGUGUAGAAAUGGAAACUGACAGUAUAUUUCCAAGUCUGAAAGUUUAAUAUUCAUAUUAAAUUAACAUUUUAAUUUUACAAAGAGGCUUUUAACUUUCAGUUCAGGAAGCAUUGAUUCAAGUAAAAUGUCUGUAGUGAUUCACUUGUUAUCCUGUUAUCAGUUUGUGCUGUAUUAAUGUUUGCAUAUGAAACUACUCCUGUAUCAUACGAUAAAACAAUCCACUAUACUCUUCUGUCUGGUCCUCAGCACUCAGGCAGCAACAUUGACCUGUAGUACAUGUGAAAGGUGCACAGGACAAAAUCGCUCGCAUGUAAACUAGGUAAUAAAAUGGUAAUGCUUUAAUUAUUUUAUAAAUGCUAAAUCUUUCUUUGGCCUUAUAAAGUGCUACUGUGGAAAUGGGAUGUUAAUAAGAACUGGUGCUGAAUGCAGUCACAGGAAAGUGGGAGAGGGAAAAGCGUGGACAGUUGAAAACAUUCAGUUUGAAUCAAUAUGACAACAUUCUUGGAGUACAUGAUUUGGCUACUUUGAAAUUGGUAUAUAAUUUUGCUGCUUGUCCCAUCUUCCUGUGGUUCUAUCAAAGAGGUUUGCAUAUCUUGUGUACACCAUUCCAAUAGCAUUUUGUAAUAAUUCUGGAUUGUAAAUGUGAAUAUCUAUUUUCGUAUCCCAGCAAAAACUAACAAAAAAAUUGUUAUGAGCAGCUGCAAAAUUCAAUUUGAGUAAUGCUGAUCAGGAAAGGGGCAUGGAAGAGUACCCACUCAUGUAAAUUAAUGUCCAUCUGUGUCCUGUACAUGUUUUCUUAAUUAUUAGCCAAUGUGGUGGUUAUAUUCAUCCAAAAACUAUAUGGUGCUUCAUUUUAGAUUGUUAUAUAUUUUUAUUUUUUAUAUAUUUCAAAUGAAAAAUAGUUACUUUCACACAAUAAUUCUCAAUCUCAAACAGUGAAGCCAGAUGUCCAGUAAUCUGAAGCGCAUAUAAAGACUUUUUAAGUUUCUCAUUACAGUUAUUAAUACUGGUAACAAGUAAUGUGCAGUAUUAUUGUGUACUGGUCCCUUCUUUGGGUAUAUGUGGGAAAUUUUUGUAUGGUUUGCAGUGUUUCAGUUCUGCAGUGAUUUUUGUACUAUUCAACUCCCAUUGACAACUGACUUAGUCCUGAUGCCAUGGGCACUAUCUGUCCCCUAGACUUGUUGGCAAUUUGGAUUCAUAGCUGCAGAAACAGUGAUGAUAUUGAUGUUUGGUGUGAAUGGUGGGGCUCCAGGUGUAAUGUAAUGCAAGCAGUUGUUGGUUACUUUCUACUUAGUCAUGCUACCUAGUGCAAUAUUGUUGACUGGGUCCCUGAUAUGUGUUUUUGUGUGAGAGAGAGAAAGGGCCUUAUGCAAUAUGAAUAUGCUUUAAUGAUUUUAACUGGUGACUGGUUACCAUCUUGAUACAAUAUUAUAUAAUGCAUGUAGUGCUGUGAAUGCAAGUCGAUUCCUUACUGCAGCCCAACAAGCCAAAGGGAAAUGCCGCAUCGAAUGACUGCCCCCGACAUAAGGACAGUAUGGCAAGGGGAUGGAAUGUACCCCUUACUCUAGUGUAAAUUUUCUGGUUAAGCAGGGUUUGACUCUUUAAGUUUUCGUACCCUUGCUGUCUUGGCUGUAGAGUCCAUAUUCUUCUGCAUAAAAGGAUCACCCAUUGUUCUAGUUCACUCAAGUUAGGAAAGCAGUAGUUAGUAUUCUAAUAGUAAUAUGGGGUACUUUGUGUGCAUUUCAACCACUACCUACUAUUUUUAUGAAUUUUUGUACAUUUUUCUAAUUUUUGUAUGACGUACUAUCCUGGGCGGCGGGAAGUGGCUUGGAGGCAAAGCUUGCUCGCCGCUUGGGAUUCCUGUUGUUACCUGCCCUCUUGCUCAUGGUUUGAAUGCCCCACCCCAGCCACUUCCUGAAGCCUGGCAUUGCUUAUUUGUACCAGGGGAGUUUUUCCUAGUUAUAUUUGUUGGAUAUCAAAACUUUUUAUGUUUUAUAAAAUAAUUAUAAAAAAUGUGAACUGUGUUUAUUUGAUAAAUAUUGGUGUUAAUUCUUCUUGCAAACAGAGUUUUCAUACUGCAUUCCUGUCAUCCAUUUAAUCCUUCCGUACUAACGUAUGUGUUUCUUCUUUUCUUAUUUAUCUCUGCUCAUUGCUUUUAUCUUUGGAACAAUUCCUGUGUGAUAAUCAACCUGUUUGAUCUACAGUUCUGCCUGAAAACAUGGCUCUUGUACUAACUACUUAUCAAUAUUCUUUUCUGAUGUAAUUUUUGGUAGUUUAAUAAAGCAGGUGAUAUUGAAAACUAACCCACUAA